AACUGAUCUUCAGUUUAAGUUCAGCAGCAAUGGAGUUCGUAAGCGUGGAUGAUUUUAAAGAGAAGGCUUGUAGUUUACUUCCAAAUGGAAUUUUGGAUUACUACCAAAGUGGUGCUGGUGAUGAAUUUACACUUCGACUAAAUGAAUCUGCAUUUGAUAAGAUCCGAAUUAGGCCACGAUACUUGAAUGAUGUUUCCAAAAGGACAACCCAAACUAGGGUUAUGGGACUCGAUCUUGAUAUGCCCGUGGCAAUAGCUCCUACUGCAAUGCAGAAAAUGGCACAUCCUGAAGGUGAAGUUGCUAACGCCAGAGCAGCUGCUUCUGCAGGGGUUCUCUUUAUCUUGAGCACAAUUACAACGUCUUCAAUUGAAGAGAUUGCUGAAGCUACUCCUGAGAGUGAUAAAUGGUUUCAAUUGUACAUAUUCCGGGACAGGGAAAUUACGAAGAGUCUGAUAAGACGAGCUGAAAAAUGUGGUUUCAAAGCCAUUGUUUUGACUGUUGAUAAUUCUGUUUUUGGUAUACGAAGGAAAGAUAUCAGGAAUAACUUUUCAAUGCCGUCUAAUCUGAAACUGGCUAAUUUUGUUGGUGAUAGAGCAACAGGUAUUGGCAAUACCAAUGAUGGGCCUGGUGUUAUGGAAUACGUCAAAAAAGAGUACGAUGACUCAAUAACAUGGGAAGAUCUCAAAUGGCUAGUCAAGUUCACUAACCUGCCUAUCAUUGUAAAGGGAAUUCUAACUGCUGAAGACGCUGUUAUCGCUGUUAGAUGUGGUUGUAAGGGCAUUAUUGUUUCUAACCAUGGAGCUCGACAGUUGGACGGUAUUCCUGCUACCAUCGAAGCUCUUCCGGAAAUUGUAGCUGCUGUGGGGCAUAAGGUUACCGUGAUGAUGGAUAGUGGUAUCAGACAAGGAACGGAUGUGUUCAAGGCACUAGCUCUUGGAGCUAAAUUGGUCUUUAUUGGUCGUCCAGCAAUUUGGGGCUUAACUGUUGCUGGACAGCAGGGAGUCGAGGAUGUCUUAAGGAUUAUCAAGAACGAAUUCGAAACCUGCAUGGGCCUUGCAGGAUGUUCAGCAGUUUCAGAUAUAACCAAGAAACAUGUAGUUCACGAAAGUUUCUACAGUAAGCUGUAAAUCAGGAAUUCCAAUUAAGUUGUUAUCUUGAAAUUAAUUAAUUCAAAUAAAUCAAUUUUUGGAA